UAAUAAUUUGAUAAUAAUAAAAUAGGACGAGUUGACAGCACUGAUCGUCAUCGGACCAGCUGAUUGUUUGCAACGAUAUGUGUAUAUGUAAAUAUAUUUUGAGUAAGUUGGCAGGACCAUCAGUGCAAGAUAUAAUUCGUGAAAUUCCGCAAUAUUCAUAAAAAAUGAAAAAUACAAAAAAGAAAACGCCCAAUUCAAAAACUCCCAAUGCCAUGAAUAUUGAAAAAGAAUACUUCGCUGAAAAAAUCCAAGGAAAGCGCUUCUUCCAAGGAGAAACGCAGUAUUUUGUUAAAUGGAAGGGCUUUGGGCCAGAGAGCAGCACGUGGGAGCCAAUGCAGAACCUUGGGAACUGCAUCCAUCUGUUGGCCCAAUAUGAAAACGAUGUCUACUAUAAUAGUUGCAGCAAACCGGAAGACCAAAAGCCUAUUCAAAUCUACGAUUGGAAUAAAAAAUGUGUCCAGCUGAGCGAAUCCAGUGCCGACGAAACAUCGCCGGCUUUUGAACCAGUAACCCCACCAAAAAGUCAAAGGGUGUUGUCAGCCACAUCCUCCUCCUUCUCCUCCUCUUCCUCCUCCUCUUCCUCCUCCUCUUCCUCCUCCUCUUCCACCUCAGCCACCUCUUCACAGUCAACCUCUUCGCUUUCCCAACCCCAACCAGAUCCAGUUCUGCCUACCAAGCAAACCAAACCCCCACCACAACCAUAUCUCCCUACCAAUAAAAAAAAAGUAAAGUUCGGCGACAGACUGGAUGCUGCAAAGAAGCAUAAGAAAGACGCAGAGAGGAAGCUAUCUACGACCACCGAAAAUACUCACCUCAAUAGCUCCCUUGAGGGUGACGAGGACUGUAGUACUUCAGAGGAUGAGGAGGAUGAACAGGAUGAAAUUUCUGGCUUAGAGCUUGGGCUCAAGCUGGAAAGCGUGAUCCACAAAUUUCAAGUGAGAGAUGAUUUGUAUCUAGUCGUAAGGUGGAUUGGCCGCGAUGAGCUUGAUAUGGUCCAUAUCGAUGAAAUAAAAGAUUUAUAUUCACAUGAAAUAAAUCAAUAUUUCCAGACUAUUCAACGGAUCAAUGAUGACCUGGUGAGUUCUGUGUCUGUCUGUUUGCGUGUGUAGAUUUAGUUUAACCUG